AUGUUUUUGAAUCAGCUUGUAACAAUAGAUGGUAAGCAUUUAUUGAGAUGGGACCACUGGCUGGCCAGAAAUAAAACUCAAUCAACUAGGAAAAAACCAAGUUGGUAUGGGAAAAUUGAACAAGUAGUAAUGGAGAAUCCAAUCACUAGAGUCUUACAUGAGAGAUACAUAAUUAAUGAUCCAAAUCUUACAUACCAAAGCAACAGCAAUAAUAAAAAUUCCUUAAUAAUUGCAAAACAUAAAGACAUUAUAACAUAUGGUAAAUAUCACAGUAACAGUAAUAACAGUAACAAAAACCAAAUAAACAAUGGGGAAAUUAAUUUAAUACAUUACCAAACAUCCUGCCAAAUAUCACCCACCACAUCUCCAACAAUGGCAGACUGGGAAUCGCCUCACAUGCUUAAAUGCACAGGAUGCAAAGGCAAUAGUAACAAUAAUCAAGAAUGCAUAAUUAGGAUUAAAAGCAAGGAAUCAAUAAAAAUUCCUUACAGCAAGGGCAGGGAUGGGGAUUUAAAGCUCAGAAUCACUACAGGAGAACUGGGAAAAAUAAACCCUAUCAGUAAUAACUCACAAACAUAUGACAACAAUAAUAACACAAUAAAUGGUAGUGAAGAAUGUAUAAACUACAUAAAAACACUAUUCUCUUUCAACAAUCAAAUACAAAAGAUAAUAGAUAUAUACAGAACUAAUCAAACAAACAGGAACAAAUAUAACAAUUUUGAAUUCUUUACAGAUGGAUCAGUCAAAAAAAUAGGCCACUCAGAAUGCAAAAUGGGAAUUGGGUGGAUAGUUACAUCUGGUCCAGCUAAAGGCAGUACCUUUAAAGCUAACAUAAAUAAAUGGCCAGCACAAUUUAAGGCAGAAUUAUUAGCCAUAUUCACAGCUGCUCUCACUGUACCAAAAGAGAAAAUAAUAACAAUAUAUACAGACAAUCAAGUUAUAAUCAAUAAUUUCAAACUUCACAAAAACAAACCUAACCAAACAAUAAGAAACAAGUACAAAACAAAUCACGGUCCUAUUUGGUUUACACUGAUUAAUUUCCUCAACGAACAGAGUUUAGAAAUUAAUUUCAAUAAAGUCAAAGCUCACACAGGAAUUAAACAUAAUGAAGUAGCUGAUCAAUUAGCAAGCGAAGGUUCAAACAUCAUUAAGACCAUUCAUCAGAAAGUUAGUAGAAACCAAAAACACAAUAAAAUGGUUCAACCAAACAAGAUUCAAUAG